UUUCCUUAGAGGCAAAAGUAAAUUAAUAGCCAAAUUGGGAACUCAAUCGACUAAAAUUCAGCCUCCCUAGCCCAAAAUCCUUUAAAUCUAGCUUUUUUCCCCAAAAUGAUCAAAACCAAUCUGAAAAAGCAGCUAUGGAGCCAAAACCCAAGACGGCCAAGCUUUCAAGAGAGAGCCCAGAUGAUGAUUGUCAAGAAGAUCGACUCAGUGCCUUGCCGGAUGGCAUCCUCUGCCACAUUCUCUCGUUUCUUCCCACAAAAUUUGCAGCCUCCACUUCCGUUUUGUCCACCAGAUGGAGGUACAUUUUCUUUGGUGUUCCCAAAAUUGACCUUGACGUUGACGAUAUUCUGCUUAUCCAUCCUCAUCAACAAGGAGCAGGCAACGAUGUCAAUGAUGAGAAGGUAGUGGAAUCGGAGAAGAAGUUUAUGGAGUUUGUUAACAGACUACUUAUGAAUUGUGAAUCUACUUCUGUUGUGAAUGAGUUUCGUCUUUUAUGUCGAAAGUCGGCUUCUUGCCAAAAGUUUGGGCUUAGCUUAUGGAUGUCUUUGGUGCUUCCGCGCGUGUUCAGGUUCUUAACAUCCUAGUUGAUGGUUAUACUAAUUUUCCGCAGUUUGAAGUCUUUCCAUCUGAAAUCUUUACUUGUAAAACUCUUGUAGUCUUGAAAUUAUAUGGUUGGCUUGGUCUAAAGGUUCCAAAAGGCUUCUGCUUGCCGAAUCUUAAGGUCUUGCAUUUGCAUACUUUGACACUAGUGGGAGAUAAUACAGGUUGGCUACUUUCAUCAAGCUGUCCAUUGCUUGAUGAUUUGGUGAUUGAUGGUGUAGAAUUAUUUGAUGUUGGAUUAAUUGAUUUCAGUAGUCCUUCCUUAACAAGCUUGGCGUGGGGUCAGGGCUUGUUGGGUGGCAAGGUUGUUCUUAAUAAUCCAAAUCUUGAGUAUUUGGAGUAUGCAGGUGAUCUAUAUCCGCUAUUGAGCUCAAAUUGCAAGUUCAAGUUCUUGUUAAAACUAUUCUGGAUUUGGAAAAUAAGAACAUGCCACAUGAGCAAGACGCUAACCAGUUUUGUCAAUUUAUUUGUGAAAUGCGCAAUUUGGAAUUUUUUGGUUUAUUUGGGGACUCUUUACAGGUAGUUCUUUGACUUUGAAUGUCUUCAUUUCACUUGCUUUUCCAGGAUUUCAUAUGUUUCAAAGUAUGUUUUCUAAGCAUCGUAAUGACUUUGCUUUUGCCAUGAUGUGAAGUGUCUCUAUCAGCAGGUCAUCUGUUACCUGAAUUUAUAAAUUUGACUCAUUUGGAGCUUUCAACAACGCGGGAUCUCUAUUUUGAAAUACUUU